AUGGUCAAACCCAGCGUUGUGGGCUUGUUAGCUCAUGCCGGUCUCUUGGUUGAACUCGUCAAUGGCAUGGCAGACUUUCAGCAGCACUGCGAGUCCUUCACGUCUUCAGCUGGUGGUGUCUGUUUCACGUCAGAGUACAUCACGUCCGGAACAGAGCUCGCUCUCGCCGAAGCCGAUGCCACGUGCGGCAUCUUCACUCAGUCUGUAUCGGUGAAUCUUUGCCGCAUUACGGCUCAUGUCCCUACCUCGAACCGUUCCGGGUUCUGGUUCGAGGCAUGGCUGCCCGAGGACUGGUCUGGGAGGUUCCUUGUGACAGGCAACGGCGGACUAGGCGGCUGUAUCCAAUACUACGACGUCGAAUACGGUGCCUCUCUCGGUUUUGCAACCAUUGCGACCAAUAAUGGACAUCAGGGGUACACUGGAGCCCCCUUUCUCCACAAUCUCGACGUCAUUCAGGACUUUGCCUACCGCUCCAUCCAGAAUGGGGUUGCUGUUGGCAAGGAAAUCACUCAAGAAUUUUACGGAGCGGCCCAUGAUAGGAGCUACUACCUAAGAUGCUCAACUGGCCGACGACAAGGGCUGAAGGCAGUCCAGUCCUUUUCUGACCUGUUCGAUGGUGUCGUUGUUGGAGCGCCUGCUAUUGCGUGGAACAACUUGACGUCGUGGGCUAUUCAGUUUUAUCCCCUUCUUGGUACGCCCGAGUCUGCGAACUUGACUCCUCUGGAUAUGUGGCCUAUCAUUCAUCAAGACAUUCUUGACCAGUGCGAUCAGCUUGUUGGGGUUGCAGACGGUAUCUUGGAGUCGCCUAACCUCUGCAACUACAAACCUGAUGGCCUCUUGUGCACUGAAACUCAAAGCACUGGCUGUCUUAUGAGUACACAACUUGAGACGCUCAAGAGCAUUUACUCACCUGUGCUGGAUGCAGCCGGAAGCCUGGUCUACCCCAAGAUGCAGCUUGGAUCCGAGUUUACCGGAGCGGUGGACAAUGCCAUGACCCUCCGUCCGGAGAACUACACCGUUGCUUCUGGUCUCAACCACUUCAACAUCGAUACCUGGGAUGGUGAUUUAUCGGCUUUCCAGAACCGCGGUGGCAAGCUUCUCCACUGGCACGGUUUAGCCGAUGGCGUUCUGUCGAGUGAGAAUUCCCAUCGAUAUUACGAAUAUGUCUCGCAAACCAUGGGCAUGAACUCAAAGGCUCUUGACAAAUUCUGCCGAUUUUUCCGUAUCUCUGGCAUGUCCCAUUGCGGCAGCGGUAAUGGGGCGACCUUUAUCGGCCACCAGUCAGCAAGCACUACCAGUCUGGCACCGGAGGAAAACGUGCUGAUGGCGAUGGUUCGAUGGGUCGAGAGCCAAGUGGCUCCAGACACCAUCAUGGGGACAUGGUACAAGAAAGGCACCAGUGACAGUGGUGUUGAUUUCAAACGUAGACAUUGCAGGUGGCCAUAUCACAACGUGUACCAAGGCGUUGGCGACUACAAAGAUCCUGAUACUUGGAAGUGUGCUCUUCAAAAAAACAAGUCAAACAACAGCACCAUGAGCUCCUUUGUCCUACAAUAUGACUAUUGCCUUUAUGUUGUUACAGAUAAGUGUCGAGGUGAAUACUCACUGGCUCACCGCCUGAGGCACUCAACAAAGGAAGCUUCCUUCCCUUUCUGUAAGGCAGCUCAGAUGGGACGGAAGUUGAUCCGUCACAUUGUCCUAGCUACCUUCCUCCUCCAUCAACGUCUCAACCUGGUGAACAAUCGCCGCAACUUUGACUUCCUCGUCUCAUACACCAGACGAUCUACCUCGGACGGCACAAUCCCAAUAAAGCGAUGA